AACACAACACACAAGAUCCGCGUCACGUCUGAACAGGUGCUAGGUCCAAUGAUUGAGGAACUGAUAGCGCCUUGAGUAAAACCGGAAUGCAAUUCGGAAUUGAGAAUGCAAAAAACGGGCCUAUCGCUUCCAUGGAAGGCAACCAUCGUAUGUAAUAAGGCGAGUAACACCAAUAAGAUACGCCGGCGCUGGAGUACACAUGUGAGCCAAGGAAAACAAGGCAGAAGAAUAUUUUGGGGGUCGUAAAUGUUCGGGUAGCGUCGACCGAUUCAGAGCGCUGAUAAGCGGAGCACCAACUUGAAUUAAACACCCACCGAACAUGCAACAAAGGUCGACAUUAAGUUUCUACUUCAAUAUAAUCGUCCUGUUUAUCGACCGUGAAUAAGUCAACGAACAGAGUAUAGAUAAAUGAUAAGUCACGAAUAAGAGGGAUGACCAUCAGCGAGAGCGAUAUAAUGGCGGGUGAGAAAAAGUAGGGUGGUGACCGAUGAUCCGAUUUUGGCGACAGCAGCAAUGGGAAUCGAAGGGGAAGCGCGAGGUAUACCAACGUAUCCAAAUAUGCCUUGAAUGUAACGAAGCCAUGGAGCUACAGUGGACCAUAGGGAAGCCUAUACUAGAUAUGCGAAUGCCGCUCGUGAACCUUUUUGCAUCGUGGUUAUAGACCGAUGAUGUUGGGGUAUCAAUGCCAUAGACAAGGGGAUGAAACCUUUGGAGGACAAAUAGGCAUAGUGGAGGCGC